GGAGACGUUGGCAUCUCAGCCUCUUCUUCUCUCUUCAGUCUCUCUCGAUUGAAUCGGCGAGUUUUUGAACAAAGGCUUUUGGGUGUUUGGUAGAGCGGAUUGAGACAUGGCGAUCGGACCUUCGCUUCUCUUCUGUUUUGCGUCGCGAUUUUCUCCUUCUCGUGGCCUGGUUACCGAGGCAUUCUCGGCUUUCGGAAUCUGUUUCUCUGUAUUCUUUACAGAUCGAUGAAGUUGGAGCUUUAAUGAAGCUAUUGAACGUUUCUUAACUGCUUAUCGUCUUCAGUCUUUAGACUCUGGAAAUCGGUGGAUUUCCAUUUUAUCGAAGCAUGUGCGGUGGUCCGGAACACUUAAAAUCAUCUACGUCGUCGCCGUCUCCAUCAUCUUCUGAAGAAACCAAAUCCACAACCAAAGAAAUGAAUAUGAAUCACUUGACUAUUGAAACUGAUGAUUCUUUCGCCAGCUUACUCGAGCUUGCUGCUAACAAUGAUCUUGAAGGCUUCAAACGUUCAAUCGAGCGUGACGCAUCUGCGAUUGAUGAGAUUGGUCUUUGGUAUGGCCGCCAGAAGGGCUCAAAACAGAUGGUCCUUGAGGACAGAACCCCUUUAAUGGUUGCUGCAACCUAUGGUAGCGUUGAUGUCGUCAAGAUCAUCCUCUCUUUAUCUGAGGCUGAUGUAAAUCGGCCUUGCGGCCCAGAUAAAACUACUGCUCUCCACUGUGCUUCUUCUGGUGGAUCUGUAAAUGGUGUUGAUAUCGUGAAGCUACUUUUAAUGGCGGGUGCUGAUCCCAACUGUGUUGAUGCGAAUGGUCGCCGGCCAGUGGAUGUUAUUGUUGUGUCUCCAAAGCUUCCUAACGUGAAGUGUGAACUGGAGGAGCUCCUCUCUGGCAACACUUCUGAUGGUUCUGUUUCUGAGCGCAACCUUCGAGUGUCCACAGCUACUACUAAUUCGACUUCUCCUCCACUCUCGGCUUCCCCAGAGAAUGGAUCACCAUCUUCUGCAUCGGAUUCGACAUCUUCUCCUAUGACUUUGAAGUUCAAUGAUCUCCCUGCAUCCUUAGCAUCGGAGAAGAAAGAGUACCCGAUUGAUCCAUCUCUCCCGGAUAUUAAGAACAGCAUUUAUGCAACAGAUGAGUUUCGCAUGUUCUCGUUCAAGGUUCGACCUUGUUCCCGAGCCUACUCUCAUGACUGGACCGAGUGCCCCUUUGUUCACCCAGGUGAGAACGCUCGCAGAAGAGACCCGAGGAAGUACCACUACAGCUGUGUUCCAUGCCCUGAUUUUCGGAAGGGUGCAUGUAGAAGAGGGGAUUUGUGUGAAUAUGCUCAUGGCGUUUUUGAAUGCUGGCUCCAUCCUGCGCAGUACAGGACUCGGCUCUGCAAGGACGGCACAAAUUGCAUGCGAAGGGUCUGCUUCUUUGCCCACACAUCUGAAGAGCUCCGUCCCUUGUAUGUGUCCACUGGCUCUGCUGUCCCAUCUCCUCGAUCAAGUGCUUCUGCCACUGCCAUGGAGAUGGCUGCAGCCAUGAGUCUUCUGCCUGGUUCUCCGUCAUCAGUCUCGGUUAUGUCACCGUCUCCAUUUACUCCACCCAUGUCACCUUCCGGUAAUGGAAUUUCUCACUCAUCUUUGGGGUGGCCACAGCCAAAUGUUCCCACCUUGCAUCUUCCUGGAAGCAAUCUUCAAUCCAGCCGUUUGAGAUCAUCUUUUAAUGCAAGAGACAUUCCUGCUGAGGACUUCAAUAUGUUGGCGGAAUUUGAUGCCCAGCAGCAGCAGCUCCUUCGCAAUGACCUGUCUUGCUACUCACAAGCCCGUCUUGGUUCAAUCUCUGUGAACCGAACGGCGCGAUCAAAGACCCUAACCCCUUCGAAUCUGGAUGAGCUUUUUACUGCAGAAGUUUCUUCCUCUCCUAGGUACUCUGAUCAGUCUUCUGCUGCUGUCUUCUCACCCUCGCACAAGUCGGCCGUUCUUAAUCAGUUCCAGCAACAGCAAAGCAUGUUGGCGCCCAUCAACACAAAUAUGUUCUCUCCCAAGAAUGUCGAUCACCAUGUACUUCAAGCUUCCUUCGGUGUUGCUUCCCCAGGGAGGAUGUCACCCAGGAGUGUGGAGCCACUCUCUCCGAUGAGCUCUCGACUUUCGGCCUUUUCCCAACGUGAGAAGCAGCAGCAACAGCUUCGCAGCCUUAGCUCACGGGAUCUUGGUUCCAGUACUGCCGGAAUUGUUGGGUCCCCUGUAAAUUCUUGGGUUAAAUGGGGAUCACCAAGUGGAAAAUUAGAUUGGGCUGUUCAAGGAGACGAACUGGGUCGCUUCCGGAGAUCAUCUUCCUUCGAGCUUGGGAACAAUGGCGAGGAACCUGACUUGUCAUGGGUCCAGUCUCUGGUGAAAGAAUCGCCUCCCGAAAUCAAAGACAAGCUAGCUGUUCCAACCUCUGCGGCUGCCCCCUCUGGUGAGGGUUCAAAUUCGAAUUCUCAUUUGGACUCCAUUGAUCAUUCUGUUUUGGGAGCUUGGCUGGAGCAGAUGCAGCUUGAUCAGCUCGUAGCUCAGUAGAAGUGAAGAAAAAAAAAUUCUUUUACUGGGCCAAGAGGUAGUUAAUCAACCAAGAAUUAAUUAGUAAAUAUCAUAUAUUACUAUUUUUUGGGUUCGGUGGAAGAGGGGAAGGAGAAUUAAGGGUAAGAAUAUCGGGGGAAGAAGGUAAAAAGAAGGUUCAAAAGUUUUUUUCAGGAAGAGAUUUUAUUUUUCACCAUUUAUUACAAAGUGGAAGAAGAAACCACCUCCCUGGGUUAAAAUUCGAAGACCCGGUCUUUGGAUAGGUGAGCUUCUCCCUAAAAUCUCGGAUUUUUUGGUCUCUGGUUUUGCCUUUUUCUUUUCGGCUACAUGUUUCAUUGAAAAUGAAACAAAAUGCUUGUGUGUUCGUUUGCAAUAUUAUUUCCCUUUAAUCUCUUUCUUUACUCAUUUUGUUAUUCUCUCUUAGUAAAGUCAGUAACAGGGUUGAACAGAAGGAAGAGAAGGAAUUGCAGAUGGCAGGGUGGGGUGUGGGUACUGGGGUAAAAUUUUUUUUGUCACUGUAUUGACCUGGCCCAUGGUGGAAGAAACCUAAUAGUGUGGUUGCUGACCUGUCCCGUUGUUAAGGGGUUGGGAGUUGGGCAACUAGAUGGGGUGGGUAGUAGUAGAGUUGUUGAAAUAUGGGUUCUCUGAUGAUGUAACAUUGAAUUACAAGUAUAUUAUUAUUAUUAUUAUUUCAAAUUUUGAAUAA